AUGCGGCUAGACCAGAUUUCCCCACAUUCUCGAAGUCUAUCGUUUGAGCAAUCUGUCUCGAAAGAGACCAUCGAGACUGCCGCUCUCCCUCUAAAAUGGCUGACUGCAUCGCAUUUGCCCGACAGAGGCAAGAUUGGGCUUUUGGUCGAAGAGUUCUUCAACAACAUCCACCCUUUACGGUGCUUCGCCUUUAUUCACAGACCCUCAUUCCUCCAAAGGCUUGACAAAGAUGGCCCAAAUAAAUAUCAGAGUCAUGCACUUCUGCACAUAAUUUGUGCACUGGGCGGCCAAUUACAUGCACUAUCUUACAGUGAAACAAUAUCUCCUCUUCCCACCAAACACGUCCUUAUGGCUGGAGCCGAAUGGGCUAAGAUCGCCCAGAGGCUAAUUCUUGAGGCGCUUGAUACAGUCACUGUUGAGAAGUUAAUGGCGUCGGUCUUACUUCAUGAUCAUGCCGUCCGCAUGGGGAACUUUGCAAAUGCCUUCAUGCUUAGUGGACUUAUAACCCGAAUGACUCAGGCACUCCAGAUAAACUUGGAGUAUAAUACCGAUGUUCUUUGCCAGAAUAUCGAAGUAGGACCCUCUGUCACCGCCAGAGAAUCGCGACGAAGGUUAAUGUGGAGCUGUUAUAUUAUGGAUGCCCUUGUUGGUAGCGGGGUGGACCAACUCACACUGGUCGAUGAGAAGGAUAUGAAGAUCCAGUUACCUUGCAACGAAAGAAAUUUCAUUCAGCAAAUCCCCUGUCUCACAGAAACAUUGGAGCCUGGUAAUUGGCUGAAGUUCAUACCUGGUGAGCUCGACAGCGAUGCACUUAUGCCGAAUAUGGGAAUGAUGGCGUAUUUUAUCCGCCAUAUCUCAAUUCGCAAAAGAGUUCUGAGGUACAUCAAGCAUCUCGAUGAAGCGAUGGUUCCCUGGGCAGCAGACUCUGAAUUUGCAAUUCUGGACCGUGAUUGUCGCACUUGGUAUGAGUCCUUGCCGGCAAGUUUGCAAUUCACGCCGAAUGCGAUCUAUAUCAGAAAAGACUCGUCUCAGCUUGGCGCUCUUUGCGUAUUACAUUGCGCGCAUUAUCAAACAAUAUGCGAUUUGUACCGAUUAGGGGCACCGGCGCUUUACAAACUUCGUGCCGCCUUCGACUUCCCUCCAGAGCAGCAUGCCUUCCUAGGGCAUUUACAGGAAGUCUUGUUUGAUGCCGCGAGGGCGUUGGCAACUAUUAUCGGGCAGACAGCUCAACAUGGGACAAGAUCGUUGGCAGAUUCAUGGCUCCCAACAAUUACAUAUGAUAGCUGCCGGAUCAUGGUAUACCAUCUGACACAAAUACUUGAUCCUCGCGCCGAGGAAACAAAGAUGAUCACGGCGGAAACUUUACAACUUUUGAAGAGUAACAUUGACGCUUUGAAACUGAUGGGGUCUCUGAAUGCCAUCGCAAACUCACUAUGUUCCGCAGCAGAGACUAUGUUCGACCGCUCCGGCAUCGGCUCCGAGGUAGUCGCCCAUAACAGCAUUCCUGAUGACCCAUAUCAAACAGUCGACGAAGAUCCAAGUGAAAGUCUUCCUGGGACUCCGGUUCAAAGCGCCCCAGACUAUGUCCUCAAUCCUUUGUCUAUUUUCCGCAUGGCGCGCAAGUCAAUUCCGGAACGACAUGCCCCAGAAAAGGCAAGCACUUCAUCUGCGCCAAACAGCGCGAUUCCUGAAUCUAAUCCUGAUCUCGAUCACUCAACUACCCGAAACCCCACUGAAAGCCAACCACCGGGUGCCUCAAAUGAUGUCGAGUUCGGCCAAGCAAGCCUUGAGGAGCUCCAGACACUUUUCAUGUCGGAUCUGGGGUGGACAUGGCAACCGGCAGAUACUGCUGUUGGCUCCGGCAUUGAGGGAGCUGGUCUGAUGCCAUGGGCUGGGGGAUAUUCUGCUACGCAAGCGGAGCCUUGGCUUCCUGUAUUUCCGUUUCCACAGCAAAAUUGA